AUGCCUCUCAAGAAGUCAAACUCGGAACAUGUUGGUCUCCCGUCAAAGAACCGCUCGUGGCAACGUUCGAAGAGCAAUCCAGUGAAUGCCCAGACGUCUCGACCGUUGGCGCCCGUCUCCGAUAAAACGAAGAGCAAACUGAAUCAAUUCCAAUUCCAGACUGCAGUCAAGACAGAGAUUGCUCAGCAGGAAAAUGGCACCGCAACGGAAGAUGGGGUUCGCCAAUCCCGAGACGAUAUCGCCAUCACCCCAUCGACGAAGCUGAGCUGGCACGACCUGAUGGCAUCGAACGCUCCCAAGGAAGAAAAGACACAAACAUCACCUACUGAACGAAUCUUGUGGAACAAUGAGAGGGAUAAGAACGAUCUGAACUACGCUGCCGCUCUCUCGCCAAUGAUGCAUAGGAAAGGCCGUAAACGGGCGAGGAGCUCGUCGCCCAUAUCGUCCCCCGCACAAAACGAAAAGCCUACCACACCGGCCGUCAAUGUGAAGAAGCUGAGUGAGGCACUGAAAUCACCGCAUGCAGACCCAACCUUGGAACUCUGGGACCGAUUCUCCCUUACCAGCAAUGGAAACGUUACGCCACUCGGUCUUACGAACCCCACGCUCGCCAACCUCAUGUUCUCUUCGUCACCACGGAACGUCAAGACGGCAACUGUACAGGCAGGCGACAGCAGUCUGCGAAGAGCAAUCAGCUGCGGUCUCAACUGGCCCAAGAGAAGAAGAGUUGAACGCUCGGAUGCGCCGUCAUUUACCAGCACAUUAACGCGGGAGACGACCGACAGUUCAAAGAAUUCACUCGUUACAGCUCUAUUGGACACUGUUACUGGAAGCAUGCAAGAAGAUAGCCCACCGGAGGAUUUCGAUCCGUUCAUCGACCAGGACAUGGAGUCCCCAUCUCUUAAGAAGAGGAAGACCAACCCAUCGAGGCCGCCAUCGCUCUCACCUUCGAGAAAAACAACCCGAGCUCCGAACCUACAACCUGCAGGAAAUACUUGUGAUAUCGGUGUGGCCCAGGAUUUAGGGCUGGACCAGCAGACGAAAGCGACAUCGGCGGAGUCUGACUACGGCGACGUUGACUUCGACGACUUUGACGACUUUGAUGACGACACCUUCCUCGAGCUUGAAGCGAGCAUCAGUCUAUCAAACUCCAAACAAGAAGCGAGGCCAAGCACUCCUACUCCCGCACCUGUUACUGUGCACCCCAGCAAGCAAAGCAGCACUGGUUUAGACGAUGAGUUCGGUGACUUGGAUGAUGACAUUUUCGAGGCUGCCGAGGAUAUCCUGGAAAGCGCAGUAGCGACGGCAUCCCAAUUACCGGCGUCUGCAAAACCGCAUCUUGACGCAACAAGCGUACCUGUCCCUAGACAAGACGACUUGGAGGAUGCAUUUGGGGACGAUUUUGGAGGCGACUUCGACUUCGAUGCAGCAGAGCUCGCUGCGACUCAAUCUGUCCAGCAGCCACAAGCCUCGCCGACGACAGCUGUACGUUCCGAUCAACGACUACCACGGUAG